AUGGGGACUGAUGUGCGAGAGCCCGGCCUAUGGGCAGAACAUAUUCUGAACAUGCCAUGGCCAGUCAGGAUUGAGGGCAAGCAGGCGAAGACAGAUCUGAUGUGUGCGUUGCACCUCCUGCCACCAAAGCAAGAGUUGGCCCUGCGGCCUGGCCGCCAAACCAUGUGGACUGAUGAAAAUCUUUCACGAGAAAUCAGUCUGGAGAUUGCCCGUGUUGAAGCCGCCACUAUCCAAGUGGUUGGAACUGUUCAGCAAACUGAGUGCACGCACUGUCAACAAAAAGAUGGCCCAUUCGCGCUCUGCGUGAAGGCUCCAGGAUCCUCCGUGUGCGGCAAUUGCCGCUGGAAGGGGAACAUGAAUGGUUGCUCAUUCUACGACGUGUCUGUUCUUGGGCCGCCGCAGCCUAUUUUGCCUCCUCUUUCUGGUCGUCGCUCUCGGCCAGCUCCUUCAACCGCGUCCCAAGCAGAUCCUGACAAACAGAAGAAGAAGAAAGAGGAAAUCGAUUCUGUUCGUCAGGAGAAGGAGGCAAUCCGUCACGAGCGAUCAGUUCUGAAGGCCAAAAUGAAGAAUCUUCGACAGAUCAUACGAGAUUCGCGCAUUGAGUCUGAGCAAGUUGCCGAUUACAACCCCCAGAAUCACCAGCCUCUCUCACCUGAGCACAGUGUGCAUCUUUUGAGUGAAUACAAUCUAUUCUUGGGUGAUGAAUUUGUGCGGUCGCGGCGCGCAUUGAUCGACGAGGUCAUGACAACGUUUGAGGCUAUUAUGACUAGGAUAUCGCUUUGCUGGACCGUCUGA